CGGUAACCCGGAAGCUUCACGCGCUUCACGCUCAGUCCCGCUUCGAGUCCUUCCUGUUUUAGAAAUUUCAAGGAAGCAGUAGCCACUGGACACUCGCAUGAACUGAUGAUGGCUGUAACACAGUGAACUUUGGAAGGGGAGGACCCAUGCUAUCACAUCUCUGUGCUGCCACACCAGCCCUGUACAUAUUGUGGAUCACUAUGGCUCAGAUUGUAGGUCAAGAGGAGAAGACUACUGCUCUCAAAGAUUUGCUGUCAAGAAUAGACUUAGAUGAACUGAUGAAGAAAGAUGAACCGCCUUUCACGUUCCCGAAAACACUGCAGGAGUUUGAAUAUGCCUUCAAUGACUAUGGCCAGCUCAGACAUAUAAAAUCAAGAGAGCCCUUUGUAUUCAACGCCAGGGAGGAUCUCCACCGCUGGAAUCAGAAACGAUAUGAAGCUCUUGGGGAGAUCAUCACUCAGUAUGUUUACGAGCUGUUGGAGAAAAAGUGCAACAUGACUAAAGAAAUCCUGCCAGUUGAUGCUGCAGACGAUGAACCCACCAGUUUUAUCUACCUGAGCCCAGAUGCCUUGUCCAACCCAUCCAAGCUGCUGGUGCUGAUCCAGGGCAGCGGCGUGGUGCGGGCAGGUCAGUGGGCCCGUAGACUCAUCAUCAACCAGGACCUGGACUCAGGGACACAGAUCCCCUUCAUCAACAGAGCCAUGGAGGAAGGCUACGGCGUGAUGGUGCUCAACCCCAACGAGAACUACCUGGAGAUGGAGAAGCCAGCCAAGUCUUCUCCCCUGCCAUCCCCCACUGAACCCUCGGACGAACCCGCUGAAAAGAGGGAACGAAAGGACGAUAAGGAUGGCAAAAAGAAGAGAGAGUUCUAUGAGAAGUACCGUAACCCGCAGAAGGAGACAGAGACCGAACGGAUCCCAGUACGGGAAAAUGGUUCCUCUGAGGAACACGUGCUUUACGUUUGGGACCACUUUGUAUCAAAAGCCGAAGCCAAGAAUGUUUUCAUCGUGGCACACAGCUAUGGAGGGCUGUCCUUUGUUGAGCUGAUGAAUCAGAGGGAAAUGCAGGUGAAGAACAGAGUGUGCGCUGUGGCUCUGACCGACUCGGCUCACAACAUCUGGCUACAGGACACCAGCAAAGGGACACUAGACUGGAUGCAGCAGCACUGUUGUAACUGGGUAUCCAGUCCAGAGCCCCUGGACACACCGCUGGAUCCCAUGCUGACUGACUGCCCCCGAGUCUCUGCAGGCACAGAGAAGCAUGAGCUGACCUCCUGGAUGAGCUUCAACUCCAUCUUCCGGUUCUUCAGCGAGGUCCUGGAGGUGAAGGAGGAUGAAGAGGCUGAGGAGACAUCCAAUAUUGUCACCACCCGCAGCAGCUCCCUCAAAAACAAACACCAGGAUUUGUAGAACAGAAAUGACUUGUAUCAAGAGGGAGAUUCAGUUAGAAAUGGAUUAUAAGGGGGGCAAUGCAGAAAGGAAGAUUCUGGAUCUCUUCAACAUGUUUUCUGUUGGGUUUUUCACCUCCCUCUUCCUCUGUAACCUUCCUUUCCUCACUCUUCUCAUUGCGGGUGUCAUCUUUCCCGUCCUGUCCUCUCUGGCUCUGCACACAAAUAGCCUUGUUGUUGUUGUAAGACACAGGAGUACAGGGUCACCAUGUAUACAUCACAAUAACGUUUUGCAUUACUUCUAGAUGAGCGCAACUGUCAAAGCAAUAUGGGCCUGAGUGUUAGCGCUUCCCGUGGGCUGUGGCCUAGCUGCGGGUACAGGCCACAGUAGCACAGAUUAAGGCUGACAGGCGCUGUGCACAAUGCGCCAUGGUGCACCUCUAAUUGUCCUGACAUCCGCCUGAACUGAGCUAAUGCCCUGCCUGCCCUCCAGUCUGCACUGCUCAGAGUCUCCCUCCUCUUCCUCUUCUUCCCCUCGGUCCUAAAGCCUGAGCUGCUUACCCUGAAAUCAGCUCAUCCUGUAUGAAAUCUUCAACUAAGGUACAUUCGCAUUUCAACCUGAUCAGUUCCCUUUUUCUAUUUUAAAACCUUUAAAAACAUUUUUCAAAAGAGGUAACACACUCUUAAAUGAUGAUCGUUUCUUAUGGAUUAAAACUGAUGUUUUUUAUAACUUUUUUUUUGUUCCCUUUUUCUGUGCAUAUGCAGCUCACUUUUAAAACCUGACUUUUCUUUGUUCUUUGUGUGAAAUGUGGUUCUAACUCUUGCAAUAUAUUCAUAUAGGACAGCACUGCUUAUAAAGAGAAAUAUCUUUUUUUAAUGUUCAAGCUUUAAGCUUAAUUUGAAUUCAGCAUCUCACAUACAUUCAGACUAUUUGAUUUUUAAUAUUAAGCCAAUACCUCUCAGAGCUGUAAGUGUUUACUUUAUAAUCUCUCCAGGUUUGCAAAACUGUGCAGAGUCCAUCUCUCUGUGUUUAUUAUAAAUACAUAUCUUUUUUUUCCCUAUUUGAUAUCCUUGAAAUUGAUGUCUGCGGAUGAUUUGAUGUGAUGAAACAAAUAAAACAAACACAACCUGUGCUGAAUAUGGAAAA